CCCGCCCCUUCGGUGACAGGCAAUCAAGUGACGCCCAAGGUUCUGCAGGUGCGAUACUGGGUACUGCUGCAAUAGCGCUGCAGAUAAAAACAGGCUUUUCACGAUGGCUUCCGCAACAGCCACUUAUGGACAGAAGGAGUCCUCAGACCAGAACUUUGACUACAUGUUCAAGAUCCUGAUCAUUGGCAACAGCAGUGUGGGUAAGACCUCCUUCCUGUUUCGUUACGCAGACGACUCAUUCACGCCGGCCUUUGUCAGCACGGUGGGCAUCGACUUCAAGGUGAAGACCAUCUACAGAAAUGACAAGAGGAUCAAGCUGCAAAUCUGGGACACUGCCGGCCAGGAGAGGUACAGGACCAUCACCACAGCCUACUACAGAGGAGCCAUGGGCUUCCUGCUCAUGUAUGACAUAACCAACGAGGACUCUUUCAAUGCCGUGCAGGACUGGUCCACCCAGAUUAAGACGUACUCAUGGGACAAUGCCCAGGUCCUGCUGGUGGGAAACAAGUGUGACAUGGAGGAUGAGAGGGUGGUGGCAGCAGACCGGGGCAGGCAGCUCUCUGACCAACUAGGCUUUGAGUACUUUGAGUGCAGUGCCAAGGACAACAUCAACGUGAAGCAGACGUUUGAGCGGCUGGUGGACAUAAUCUGUGAGAAGAUGUCGGAGAGCCUGGACAACGCCGACCCCGCCGUCACAGGGGCCAAACAGGGGCCCCAGCUCACCGAGCAGCCCGAACGCCCCCACCAGGACUGUGCUUGCUAAACACACCAUACACACACACACCUGACCUCUCACACACCCCCUUCCUACAACCUUCUCAGCUGGUGGAAGAGGUCUGUGAUGGGUUUGUGUUUGGAUGGAAAAUCCAAAAAACUCCAUUCUGUAUUUCAGUCCCCCGUCUAUCUAUAGGUGUUCUACUGUAAGUCCAAAGUUCACAUUCCUCUGACUCCCCUUACUGCGGCCUCAAACCUGAAAGGAUUGACUUUUUUCAAAGGGCCACAUUGCUGAUUAUCUGUUUACUGUUGAUAGCUUUGCUGUUUUUUUUUUUAAUAUGUCCCCGAUUUGGCUGGUGACAGAACAUAUUAAGCCACCAAAUCCAUUGGCGUGAGUGAGGUAUGGUCCAAAUUUGUGAUAACAAAAAUUGGAUGAGAUUGUGUUUUCGAACAUUUCCGACCAAAAUCCCAUGCAUAUUGGUUAUCAGUCAUGGUCAUUUUCUAAUAUUUUUUCAUUGCGGAAUUUAAGAAAAAGAAAACGAUGUGUUAAGUACUGGUCCCUGUCCUUAUUGUUUAUUUAUUAUUAUUAUUAUUAUUUAUUUUUUUUUACUUUUGUUCAUUUUUCCCCCCCCUCGCAAACCUUGAUAGAGAGAAUAUGGAUUGAUGGAUAAAGGUGUCUUAGGUAUAAGAGAACAGUAUGUAUAAAUGUUCAGACAUGAAUGAAUAUGCAUUUUAAAAUGUGAAAAUAUAUAAACAAAUAGUAAACAAUUACAAUAUUUAUGUAUACAUAUCUGUGCAUUGUGAGAGGUGUGUGUUUAAUUAUUUUUUCAUGGAACUUCUUUCUGUAAGCUGUUGUGGGCCACGCCCCUCUGAAUCAAACUGGUUUGUUUUGCUUUAAGAACGUAGCAUGUGUGAAGAACAGUUAAAUGAAGCUUAUAAUUUCUUGUCAGUGUAUAACACUGCUUCUCUACAGCACAAUUACCUCUUAUUCAUGUGUACAACACACACACAAAUCGACACUGGGUACAGCACCCUUAUACUACAUCACGUUCCAAUCACUUCCCGGUGUCUGGUAGUCUGUGGUUUGUUUUUUAUUUUGUGAGGAGGAAAUACUUUUUUUUUUAAGCAUGUGCAAUGUUAUGUUUGUGUGAUUUUGCUUUUUCAGUGUGGAGAGAAUUGCUUGUUGGCAUAUACAUGAGGAAAACAUAACUAGGAGCCAAACGAAAUGCACUCAGGCACAUGAAGACAUUGUCACGGCCAUCUAUAUUUAUACACAGUAUAUUUAUUUAUUAAUGAUGUAGGUUUUUCGUAGGUUGUUGUUUGCGGGCUGCACUAUCACAGUUUAAAAAAGACGGUUAUAUCAGUAUUGAAAAAAAGAUUGGUUCAAAAUUGAAAUUAAAGUGUUGACAUACUCCAGACUGAGAAACUUCCAUUUCACUGUAUGUUCUCCUGAUCAUGUACGAGCUGUUUCAAUGGGAAAUACUUAUGUCCAUGUUUUUAAACCAACCAUGAAGCCGUUAGUGUGGGUGUAAUAAUGCUAGUGUAAAUACUGUAUUCCUCUCAGAGCAAUACUGUGUCAAAUUCCAGUCUCCUGGUUCUCCUUGAUGGAAAAUAUUAACAGCCAACAAAGCAUGUCUUUAACAAAUACUGUUUGCUUGAAGGAUUUAGGCAGGGUUUGUUCUAUCCGGGAUCCUUGGGACGUCCCUGCACUAAACUUUAGCUUAACCCGCACCCUAACCUUUUAACCAUAACACUUACCUAACCAUGAACGUAACCAUUUUAAAUGUCAACUUCAAUGGGGGGGUAGGGAUGUCCCAAGGAUCCCUCAUAGCAGACCCUUUAGACAGCUUUGCUUAGGUCUUUCCAAAAAUGACACCCGCUAGGACAAGACUUAGACACAUUUUUAGGGCUGAAUAAAAGGCCUGUCAUAUUGUAGUAAUGAUAGAGAAGCAUUUGGCAUGUAUGCCUACACUGUGUCAAUUUUCAAAAAGGGAAAAGUGUUCGAAGUAGGAUCAGUACUUAUCACAUCCUAUUAUUUAUACUGCAUUGGGUAACUUUAGUUUUGUUGAUUGUGUUUCGCUACAGCUGUAAACUUGCCUCUGACUUAGGUAUCUGUUCAAUUCAGCUAGCUCUCUCUUAGCUCUCCAUCCUAUCUUCCCCCUGUAAAUAAUGUUUCUUUCUUGGGUUUUAGUCAGGUUUUAGUCAUGUGAAUUGUGCUGUAACACUAACUCCAGGUUUGAUAAAACAAGGAAUUAAUAAACAAAACAUAAAAGCAAAAA